UCAACUGUGACGCCUUCUCUUCUUUCAUUAAUUUCUCCAUUUGUUUAAUUCAGAGACACGGGUACACAUAAGAAAACGAAGUCGUUUAAUCGAUGGAGAGUUUGUGAGCAAUCGAAACUGAAAAUGGCAGGAAAGGUACGGAGAAGCGAUGCGAGCUCAAGCAGUAGCAGCAAUAGUAGAGGAGAAACCGUCGUGGUUGAUUGUGGUCGCCGUAAAAGUUCUUGCGGUUAUUGUAGAUCCGGUGCUCGCACUAGUAUCUCUCAUGGUUUAUGGGCACACAGUAUUAGUGUUGAUGACUAUCAAGGUGUGUAUGAUCUGUUAAGAUCUGUUUCUCUACAUGCUCUGAAUAUUCACACAUUUUUACACAUCAAGAAGAAUAUCUGUGUCAAUCUCUGCUGCCUCAGCUUCUUUGAUCUUCUUGACCGUGGAUGGAGGAGAUCUGGUUGUUUCCUUUACAAACCUGAGAUGGAAAGGACAUGCUGCCCAUCUUAUACUAUUCGUCUGAGGGCAAGUGAUUUUGUUCCUUUGAAAGAACAACUUCGUGUCUUUAGAAAAAUGCAGAGGUUUUUAGAUGGCACGCUGGAUGUGAAGAAAAGCAUGGAGGUAGUAGAGGAUCCAAAUAUUCUCAAAGAUAAAUGCAGUUGUGCCUGUCAUGAAGUUUCAAGCUCAGGGACAAAGGAAAAUUUGCCUGCUAAAAAUGAAGAGAGGAAUAGUGCACAGAAUAUUGCUACUUAUUUGUCAGAUCAAGUUGACAUUGCAAUCCGUACUUGUGCAGAAAGUGGAGAUUUUCCUUGCAGUAUACAAUUACCGAAAUCUUCUAUCAAACAGGUUUCACAAGCUAAAAGAAAACUGCUAAUUGAAGGAGCAGAAGAGCUCAUGUACUCUAGCAACAUCGCAUUUCAACUAGUGGCCACUAUAAGACGAGCAGAAUCAGCUGGAAAUAAUGCGUCACAUAGCGCAGGAGAUCUUACUCUUUCCCCUAAAGUUAUUGCAGAAAAGUUGGCUGCUUCUUUAAAUCAGUUGUCAGAAACUAGUGGUUUUUCAAUCAGGGCUUGUAAUGGACACAUUAACUUCUAUGCAUCUAGAAUGCAAGCUUCUUCUGGUGAAGGUGCUCAAACUAUUGCUGACUUUAAAGAAUCUGCUGCAGGAUGUAAAAGAAAGUCCUGCUGUACGAGGAAGAGUGUCAAACAUCCUCAGGGUAAAAGGCAGAAGCUAGAGAUUCGGUUAAAACGGUCCAGCUUUGAUCCAGAAGAAUUUGAACUGUAUAGAAGAUAUCAGAUGAAGGUGCAUAAUGAUGCACCGGAUCAUGUUACUGAAAGCUCUUACAAGAGGUUUCUUGUCGACACUCCCUUAGUUUCUGUCCCACCAUCUGGUAAUGUCAGAGUCCCUCCUUGUGGAUUUGGCUCCUUUCAUCAGCAAUAUGUUAUCAAUGGCCAGCUAGUUGCUGUUGGCGUGAUUGAUAUUCUUCCUAAAUGUUUGUCUAGUAAAUAUUUAUUCUGGGAUCCAGAUUUUGCCUUUCUAUCACUAGGAAAGUAUUCAGCCUUGCAGGAAAUAGGUUGGGUAAAAGAGAAUCAACUACAUUGCCCUAGUCUUCAGUAUUAUUAUCUUGGCUAUUACAUCCAUUCCUGCAGCAAAAUGAGAUAUAAAGCAGCCUAUCGCCCAUCUGAGCUUCUCUGUCCUCUCCGUUACCAGUGGGUUCCAUUUGAUAUUGCGAGGCCUUUGCUUGACAGAAAGCCAUACGCAGUCUUAACAGAUUAUGCGCUUCUAGAAAAUGCAGAGUCUUUACCUCCUCAUUCUUCUGAAAAUGCCCCGGAAAUGCAACAUGAUGACAAUGGUGGUGAAGACUCAAAUGAUAUUCUUAUGGAUGAUGGUGAAGAAAUGAUUGAACCUGAAUCUGAAAGUUCUGAUGAUGAAUCGAGUGCAGAAAUGAGUAGUCAGACAUUGGAAGAUGGUGAUGUUGGUGAUAUUUUAAUCGGUUUGAAGGGAUCCCGUGUGAGAUACAAGGAAUUGCGGCGAGCUUUUGACCCCAGUGAAAGGAGCUACUUGGAAUCUCAGUUGCAUAGAUAUAAGAGUGUAGUAGGUGCAGAGUUGUCUGAGCGAAUAGUCUACUCACUGGGGUGAUUUAAUUUUUCUGUGGCACUAUUCCAUCACCAACAGAGAUGUAUAUUCUACCUGGGGAGCUGAAGUUUUCGGGUGACUCAUGUCUGGUUAUCAUAAUGUAGUCUGAAAGGGGGCUAUGGCAAACCUCAAACAUUGCAACGUGAUCUGUUACCUGAUUAAGUUAAAUCUGGGGUUUGUACAAAUGUUUUAUACUCUCAGGCUGAUGGUUUUCAUGUGCCAAAUGAAAUGAAGGUGAAUGAGUUGUCUGGUCUUGAGAUCAUUUUAGGUCUUUUCAGUUGCGGGCUCCUUUCCCCUUCAGUUAGGAUAUUGCAUAUAUUCUGCAUCUAAUUUAAUGCUACAAUGAAUAGAAACUGGUUCAUUUGCUGA